ACAGCAUUUCCUUCAGUCAAUCGAAAAUAAUAACAAAACAGAAGAAGCAAUUUUUUCUUAACCCGCAGCAGAAGGUUAAUCGUGUAUUCCGCCGAACAAGCAGCCCCGAAGCAAGGAUGCUUACAUCUCGUGCUAUUCUGCUGGGCCGUUUGCUGCAGCGUUCCGUGGCAUCCCGGAGCAGACCCGUUACAAAUCAAAUCGUUCGCCAGAGCCACUAUGUCUCGUACCGUGUUAAUGGUCCAAAACCGAAUUUUGCUGUCAAUGCUUUGGCCCAGCUGGCCGGAGGAUUAAUGUGGUGGUGGGUCCUGUGGCAUCUGUUUCAUGAAUACGAACACAUUACGGGAGAGUUCUACUAUCCGGAUCCGUCCGAAUGGACCAAUGCUGAGCUAGGAAUUCCACCGGAUGAUGAAUAGGUUUGAUGAGUGUUAAUCUUGGUUUUUAGUAAAGCAAACGUGUAUCCCUAUUUUGCUUUGUGACAAAAGAUGGUUGUAAAUAAAAAAUCGCGAGGGAUGGAAAGCAAA